GUGCUGCAUUUCUGAUCCUGCUGCAGUCUGGGCAGAAAAUGGAGGCUCAUUUCAUCAUAUUUAUCCAGCUCCUCCGACUUCCCUGAGCUCCCUCUGCCUUUCCUCCGAGCUCGACAACCGACACACGGACUUUUAAACGCGGACUUUUGACGGAAUUUAUCCUGCAUUCUGAGUUCUUGUCGCUACUUCUAUCACAUGGCUCAAGUUGGCAGCAUCAUGGUUUGGCUCCGAGGUACCCUCAUGACGGGCUGCAUUUCCUGGAAUAAGCUGGAACCUGAGCCUUGAAAGUCACACCAUGGAGUGCCUGUAGUACCCCUCCUCACCUUCAUCCCCCACCAUCAGCAGGAAUCGGGCACACAAACAAAUAAGGGACACAGAGGAGGCCUCUUCAAUCUGCUCCUCCGAUCUGUGCUGCUGCAGACUCUUUAUCUAUUUAGGUCAGCCAGCUUGGAUCUGUGGAGGGAGCAGUGUAGAGUAAGUGUGCGUGUGUGUGUGAGUGUGUAUGCAUGUAUGUGUGUGUGUGAGAGAGUGGGAGUGUGUGUUUUAGAGUAGGUGCCUGCCCUGGGCACCGAGGCCAUGAGGCCCAAGACUUUCCCAGCUGCCCCAUAUGUGGGCAACACCCGCCAGAGGCUUCAGGAGAUCAAGGAGGGUCUGAAGCAGCCCGCCAAGCUGGUGAGCCAGGCGCUGCACGGAGGCAGCUCCCGCACCGAAGGCAGCAGGGGGGCUGACUGCAAGGGGGGCAAAGACACUGCCAGCAGGCAGCAGCAGCUCAGACCACCACAGAAAUUCAACAACUACCAGAAUGCCCUGCGGGAGAUUCGCAAGUCCCUCAUGCCCUUUGCUAAUGAAUCGGGCCCCUCUUCUGGAUCAGGGCACCCCGCCGGCGCUGGGGAGGUGAACAGGCAGAUGCUGCAGGAGCUGGUCAAUGCUGGAUGUGACCAGGAGAUGGCAGUGCGGGCGCUGAAGCAGACAGGAAGCAGAAACAUUGAAGCAGCCUUGGAGUACAUCAGUAAAAUGGGUUACCUGGACCCUCGCAAUGAGCUCAUCGUCCGUGUCAUCAAACAGACUUCACCAGGAAAAGCAGGUAUGCCAAACUCCAUGGACCACCACCCUGCAAUGGAAGCCUCAGGUGAGGCUGGUGCCAUACCCCCAUACCACCAGAUGGGGGCCCCCAUGUACGAGGGAGCGGCUGGAUAUGGCCCUGAGGGAGAGAUGCCCAGACCCUACAUGAGCGCAGCCCCUGUGAUGAACUACAUGCUGCCCCCAUCUGGUGCAGCACAGGGCCCAGCAAUGGGAAACCCAAUGGGUCGACCCCCCAGUAUGGGCACGUAUCCAUCAGUGAUGCCCACACAGAGUAACCCAGCCAACACCAUAUACCCCCCAGGGGCUCAGCAGAAAGGCUACCCUGGCAGUAUGGAGCAACACGGCCCCAUGAUGAGCUACAAUGUCCCAGGUCAGCCCCUGCAGCUCCAGCCACAGCCACCAGGGGGCCCUGUGCCAGGACCACAUUUUGAUUAUGGCCAUGCCAGGCCACACAUGAUGGAGCCCACAAGCUAUGGGGUCAAACGGACCCCCUCCUUCCAGAACAAGAUGGCACCACCCCCCAUGGCGCCCCCAGACAACUACUUGCAGGGUAAAGGGCCCAUGAGCCAGAAUGGUCCUGGAGGAGGGUACCCUGCCAACCUGUACCUGUCCCCCCACUCCCACCCCCGCCAGGCCAGCCCCACCUCCCACCAGGUUCACAUGAUGUCCCGUUCACCAGGUGGAGUGGCAGCCAUGGGUCCUGACUUCUCCGAUCUGCCCCAGGGCUUAAUGACGCCAUCCAGGGCUAGCCUGAACCUGGACCUGUAUGAGCACCACUGGGCGGGGCCUCCAGGUCCUGAGGGAGCCGCUCCAGCUAGGCAGCCCCAACCCCAGUGCCCAUUCAGGGGUGAAGUGCGUGUCCCUAGCAGGACCAACUCCUUCAACAGUCGCUCUACUGGGCCUGGUGGAGUCCGGCCAACUAUGGCUGCACCACCCCCUGCUGGGAAACAAGACCCCACUAUGGGCCCGCCAAACACCAUCACAGCUGUGACGUCCCCACCAAUCCAAAAACCGGUGAGCAGCAUUCGAGUGAUGAGGCCAGAGCCCAAGACCGCCGUUGGACCGUGCCACCCCGGCUGGAUGACUGCUCAGGCCCAGGACACCGCUGAACCUCUGCCCUACAUGCCUGAAGAGACCUACACCCUGGAGCCUGCUCAGGAGCCACGCUGCCCACCACCACCUUACCCCAAAAACCUGCUCAUGUCUGGGGCACCAGGUGAACCGGGAGCCCUGGAAGGAGCCGGAGCCAUGUGUGGAGCUCAGGAGCUCAACAACCCUACUGCCAGAAGCACACACAGCGGUAGCGGAGGCAGUGGGAAGGUGGAGGAGAACCAGCAGGUGAAAGAAAAGACCAAGGUUGGAAAAGGAGAGAAAACAGUGAAAGAUAAGAAGCAGAUCCAGACUUCACCUGUUCCAGUGAGGAAGAAUGGACGUGAUGAGGAGAAGAGGGAGUCCCGCAUCAAGACCUACUCACCUUUUGCCUUUAAGUUCUACAUGGAGCAGCACAUAGAAAAUGUAAUGAAGACCUACCAGCAGAAACUGAACCGCAGACUGCAGCUGGAACAGGAGAUGUCCAAGGCCGGCCUAUCAGAAGCAGAGCAGGAGCAGAUGAGGAAGAUGCUGAACCAGAAGGAGUCCAACUACAACAGGUUACGGCGCGCCAAAAUGGACAAAUCCAUGUUUGUCAAAAUCAAAACACUGGGCAUAGGUGCCUUUGGCGAGGUGUGUCUGACACGUAAGGUGGACACUGGUGCACUUUAUGCUAUGAAAACACUGCGCAAGAAAGAUGUCCUUAACCGCAACCAGGUGGCCCAUGUGAAAGCAGAGCGGGACAUCCUUGCAGAGGCAGACAACGAAUGGGUGGUGCGUCUCUACUACUCCUUCCAGGACCGUGACAGCCUUUAUUUUGUCAUGGAUUACAUCCCUGGAGGAGACAUGAUGAGUCUCCUCAUCCGAAUGGGUGUCUUCCCUGAACCGCUGGCACGCUUCUACGUAGCAGAGCUAACACUGGCCAUAGAGAGCGUCCACAAGAUGGGCUUCAUCCACCGCGACAUCAAACCCGACAACAUCCUCAUUGACCUGGAUGGACACAUCAAGCUCACUGACUUCGGCUUGUGUACAGGUUUCCGAUGGACACACAACUCCAAGUACUACCAGAAAGGGAGCCAUGUCAGACAGGACAGCAUGGAGCCCAGUGACUUCUGGGAUGAUGUGUCUAACUGUCGUUGUGGUGACCGGUUGAUGACACUGGAGCAGCGCGCCAACCGGCAGCAUCAGCGCUGCCUGGCUCACUCCCUGGUGGGAACACCCAACUACAUCGCACCAGAGGUGCUCCUUCGCAAAGGUUACACCCAGCUGUGUGACUGGUGGAGCGUGGGAGUGAUCCUGUUUGAGAUGCUGGUGGGACAGCCACCCUUCCUGGCCCCCACACCCACUGAGACCCAGAUUAAGGUCAUUAACUGGGAGAGCACACUACAGGUGCCUGUGCAGGUCAAACUGAGCCCUGAGGCUGUCGACAUCAUCGGCCGACUCUGCUGUUCCGCAGAAGAUCGUCUGGGUGCCAACGGCGCGGGCGAGAUUAAGAGCCACCCUUUCUUCACACAGAUGGACUUUUCCAGCAACCUGAGGCAGCAGCCCGCCCCCUACCGGCCAAAGAUAGCCCACCCCAUGGACACAUCUAACUUUGACCCAGUGGAGGACGAGGGAGGCCCCGGGGCAUGGAGCGACAGUGGGGACAGCACCCGGGCCUUGGACAUGCUCUGCUCCCCACACGGGAAGCACCCAGAGCACGCCUUCUAUGAGUUCACCUUCCGCAGGUUCUUUGACGAUAACGGUUGCCCCUUCCGCUACCCAAAACCUCUGGAAACCAGCGAGAUGUCGUUAAGUGUCACCGCAGACACCAGCAUGGGCCCCGAGGAGGAAGAGGAGCAGGAAGAGGAAGAUGACGAAGAUGAGGAUGAAGACGAGGAGGGAGAGCAGGGAGAGGGGUGUGAGCCGGUGUAUGUUUAAGGAGCUGAGCAGUGUGUGUGUUUGUCGCGUUGUUCAUGACCCUCCUACUGCUCUUCUGCUGUGUGUGUUUGUGUUUUUAUGCAUAUCCGGCAUGUGUGAUAUUAGAGAGUAUGGCUGUUAAGUUACAGGUGCAGGAUUGACGAACAUCGCCAUCUUGUGGAAUCUAUGGUGCAUACUUUAAAUGUAAACUCCCCUAAAACUGGGACCAAGAAACAUUGUGUAUGAGACUGACUGCACCAAGGGCGACGCAAUCAGAGAGCAUGGCUCAGAAAUGGUAUAGGAGAUAGUUAAUAUCUUUGGGAAUGUAAUAAUGCCUGGAUUUCUAAUUUGAGGACCUCUUUUAGUCCUUGGAGAGGUUUUUUGUAUCCCAUUCCUUCCAUCCUUGGUCUUAUGGAUGACUGAAAUACCAUCGGACGCAGGAGCUGCUUUCUGUUCUACCUGAGCUGCUUUACACUCGGAUAUCAGACACGGCAAUGUGAAGAGUGCAACCAGUUUACUCUCUUGGACCGUGGGAGGGAGGGCGGGUGGGCGGGCGGGAAGGGGGGGUUAGGGAGGCUGAAUAAGCAACAUGCCUUUUUAACAGCUGCUGCAAAAUAAGCUACAGACACAUGCACACACUUUCGCACACUUAUUCAGUACAGCUUGUGCUCAGUCAUUAAAAAAAAAAAAAACAGGAGAUGUCCAUCGUGACGUUUCAGAGACGAUUCCUCCUGUGUACAGUAUUGUCGAGCAGCCAUGAUAUAAUACUUGGCCUUUAAAAAUGGGCCACUUUCAACUUUCAACAUGUAUAUUGUUGAAUCUGUAGUUUAAAUCUGCAUCAACACCUGAUGCAAUUUUAAGAUUACAGAUGAACCAAACAAGCUUUGGUUGCUCUGUCCAUCCUCCAUCCCCAGAGCAGUUUCCUUUUGUGCCAACUCAACUUCAGUGUUCUGUAGCCUCUACCAUUUGCCCUCCGAGGUUUCUGUUACGAGCACAUUUGCUUUGACUAUUUUUAUUUAUAAUUCUAAUGCCUAUUGUCAAAUUCCCUAUCCUUAAUCUAGUUCCAGUCUGAACAUCCUUUUUUUUUAGACUGCACCUGAGAAAGUAAUGGAGCUCAGGCCUUGUUAAGGACUUAGUUUGGAGUUUUAUAAAGCGGGAUUGUAUGAUGCACCUUCUCCAUAGUAUGUGUAUUACCUACAGUAGAUGGCAGUCAGCAAAAAGAAGCAUAGAAAGAGCAUUGAAACAGAGCAACAUACUGGAGGGGGCAGAAGCUAAAUGUAUUCUACCCACCUAAAGCAAAUGCAGAGAGAAAAUGGUUCAAAUUUACCGUAUGGGUUAGUGAUGCAGCCAAAAGCUCACCAUUUCUAUAAUUUUAUAUCAUGAUUCAGUAACCGUAAAUUCGCUUAUGAAAUGCUUUAAAAUAAUGUGUAUUAUCACACGGGAUUCUUUCCUUUUAUAUUAUAUAAAAAUCUUCACAAGAUAAUACUUGGUUAAAAACAACAAAAUGGAAGCUCUAAGUUUCCAAACACAAACAUUUACAAUGCCAAAACAAAACAUUAUGCAGAUGCAAGUCCAGUAUUAUUUUUUAAAUUAGUUACACUGGUUUUAACUCUAAAAGAAGUCCUACAAUCCACAUCACAUGAGAGUGACGAAGUGACCGGAAUUGGAAAAUUGUAAAAUCACAUGAAAUUCUGUGAGAUCCUAGAGUUGAAAUCAGUAUUUCCAAACCACUCCGUGUGUAGACACAUUUCUACACAUUCCUUCAUUGUUUAACAUGUUACUGUAAACCUUUCAAAACAACAGUUUUUUGCAUUUCAGUUCUCUUACAAAGUGACAGGAAACAAUAUCAUGUAUUCUAUUUUGACUCUUAAUUUGGACUUUAAGGAGAGUACUGCAGAAGGAGGGAGUAUAUUUCCAAAUUUCAGCGAGUUUUUUUUUAUCCUUAUUUUGCCUCCAAUAGCUCUAAGUGGGCUUUUUUUAGAUGGUUAAAAUACAUUUUGCUGCUUCCUCAGUUUUGCACAGCUUAGAUUUAGAGCUGGCAUUCUUGUCUGCUGCUCCAAACAGCCGCCGUCUACUGUUAAUAAUGCACUGACUAUGAAUUAGCAUCUCAUACAAUAUCACUAUCAAUGUCUGAACAGCAUGCUUCAGAAAUUAAUUAAUUUUCUUGUUUAAGUACAAGAGUAAAAAUUAGUCAGAGGAUUUUAUCAGGACGUUAACCUCGGGUCAAACAGGUCAGAGACAUGUUCCGACUGAGAAUCAAAGCUAACACACACAUACAGUACAGUACACACGCUUCAUAUCCAAAUGCACCAAGACACACAUUUUUACUGCGAUUCUGCCUGGAUAGUUGUUGAGUUGUAAAGUAAUUUACCCAGUUUUCAUAAAAUACACAAAGAAACAUUUUCUUACAACAGCCAAACAUGUGAUAGUAUGACUAUGUGCAAUACAGAAAAAAAACAAUAUAUAUAGUUUUCUAAACACUUAAUAUUCUUUUGAACAUUUAGUACUGAAACGUGCUAUGUACAAAUAUAUUGAUCUAUGUAUGUUUUCUCUUUUCAGUUACAACAUGCUGCUUAUUAUUGUGGUUAAUAUUAUUUACAUUAUUAUAAUAAUUGUUAUUACAUGCGUACCUGUUUUCUUUUGUUGUGGCUUAUUGAAACGUGUUGGCUUUAUCGCCACGUGUGCUUGGCUUUUUGAAAGUAAUGAUCUGUGUGCCUUUUUCUAGUUGAAUGUUGACGUGUGUCGUUUGUUGAUAGAUGGCAAUGGUGAUGGUGGUGAUGAUGAUGAUGAUGAUCAGUGUUUAUAAAAAAAAAAAAAAAAACACCAGUGGCAGACUCUUCAGCUCCUGCAGCCUGGCUGGUCCUGA